GGGGGCAGUGUGUGAGGACCACAGACAUCGUUUCUUUCCAGGAGUAACCUGGUCUCCCAUAAAGGAUGCACGACUUUCUGUCUUCCAGAGCUGCAGAGAUGGAUCUCCAACGAGAAAACGACUCAGAACCAAAUGCGGCUGAGGACCCCAGGAGACAGCAAAGGGAAGAUUUGCCAUCACCUCCAGACAGGCUCAUUGCUGGCAUCCUGGGAGUCAUCUGCCUUAUCCUGAUGUACACUGUACUAAGAAUGGUACAUUUUAUUCCCUGUACUAUAGAACUGGAGCGGAGCAAUCUGUCUGCACUAACAAUGUUGGAGAAAGGAUAUCAUUGUGGUCAAUGUCCACCAGAGUGGUUAAUAUAUUCCAACAACUGCUAUUACAUCAGCACUGAACAAAAAACAUGGAAUGAGAGUUUGAUGGCUUGUGCUUCUCAGAACUCUAGCCUACUCUAUAUAGAUGAUAAAGAAGAAAUGAGUUUUAUGCAUAUUUUCAAUACACUUAUAUGGAUUGGAGUCUCCCCAAAAAACAAUAACAAUUCUUGCUUGUGGAAAAAUGGCUCAGUUUUCUUUUCCAAAAUAUUUUCAAAAACCUCAGAGUUGGACAAGAGUUGUGUGCUUGGGAAUUUUAAAGGACAAAAGCUCCACAUGGAAUCAUGUUUAGAAGAAAAACGCUAUGUUUGUAAGCGCCAGGCCCUGUGGCUGACCUAAAUCUGGUCCAAUGUCACUCUCACUGUUGCUCAAGAACUCAUUUCUAGUUUCUUCAAGAAUGCUGCAAUUAUUUUGUACUACUUUUUAAAGAAAUUAUUUUGGGACCAGUUUUAGUUUCAUGAAGAAGUGAAGAGGCAGGUACUGACAUUUCCCAUGAUCUCCUGCACACAGAGCAUCCCCUUUAUCAGCAUCACUGAGCAGAUGGGACCUUGGUUACUGAGAGUGAGUCUGUGCUGACACAUCGCAGUCACCUGAAGUCCAUACUUUAUCUGAUGCUUCAUCCUUGGUAUUGGAGAGUUAUUUCAAACCUAUAUUCAUGUUAAUUUUUUAAAAAUAUAUAUCCAGGUAUGUAUUAUACAUUUAAAAUCAUAUUUUGAAGAUUAAACCUUUGUCUGAGGUAUCAUUGGCAAAUAUGUUUUCCCAUACAGUUGGUUGUCUUGCUAAUUUAAUACUGUUUUCUUUAGCCACCCAGAAGCUUUUUAUUUUGAUGAGAUCCCAUUUGUUUAUUCUUUCCUUUAUAUUCCUUGCUUGGAUGGAACUGGAAAGCAUUAUGCUGAGUGAAAUAGGCCAGGUGCUGAAAGACAAAUACCAUAUGAUCUCACCUCUAACAGGAAGCUAAACAACAAAACAAACAAGCAAGCAGAAUAAAAACAAAUAUACUGAAAUAGAGAACAGGGGACAGUGACCAGAGGGGAGA